UUGUGUUACAACCCUUGUGUCAAACCUCGAUAUGCGUGUGGAGUUCGCGCACUCGGGCGGGGCCGCGAGAUGGGGACUACGCCAGUGGCGCAAAAACACUAAUCCAAACAUAUCCUAGUUUAUCGCGCAUUCAGGGUUUUCUAGCUCCACUCCACAUUAUUCUUUCACCAAGCUCCGCUUGGCUAUAGCUUGCAUAUCUUAUCCGGGUAUCUCCCCAAUCAUUGGUACUUUGAUUCACGCGGCACAUCCAUCGCGACCAUGAUCCCUCCGACCUUUCGCACCAUUGGAGGCCUAGGCUCGAGGCGCACCCUCUUUGCAUCUAUUGCUGGGAAGUUAUCUCCGACCAUGACGAAUCCCUAGGGCACGCUAAGCGACUACUACCUGGCUGAUAAAAGCUUUGAGUCGCGCAAUGCUGGAUGCUGAGUUUCUCGUGCCAUUUUAGUCGUUGCCUCAAAUCGAUUGCUCAAAUAUGGCAUCAAACGAGCCUGGCCUUGCGCCUCUCAGCGCGCCAGCUGAAGACCCCAUCAAAGGUGCUAUUGGUGUACCUGUCGAUACCGACACCCCUGUCGCACCCGACCAGUUCGACGAACGUUACGAAACAUCGAAGUGGGAGAUAUGGUCGUAUUACUGCUACUACGUCGGAGACAACGGCCUCACGCUCUUCAACUUCGGCCCUACAGCUUUUCAGAACCUUAUGUACGAAGCGGCAGGAGACUCUGAGGUGCUGCAUUUCUUGGGUCGAGAUCGAAACAUCAAUUCGAUCGUGCUUCUCUCCAACGGAAUCAGUUUCGCCAUCCAGGUUGUUGUUUUCCUCAUCCUGGGUUCUUUCGCAGAUUUUGGUACAUGGCGCCCCAACAUUCUCAUAGGACUGUCCAUCAUCGCCUUUGGAAUUGGGUUUGGCUGGCUCGGAGUUCAUACUGAAGACAAGUGGCAUGCUGGUGUUGGUCUAUACAUUGUGGGCCUCAUCGCAUACCAAACGACAAUCACAUUCUGGACCGCUGCAUUCCCUGGCUUGGCAAGGAACACCAAGGAUCUACGAGAGAAGGCCGAACAGUUCGCCGAUGGAACAAUUACUCGCUCGGAGUAUGAUUUCGCGGAUAUGAUGAAGCGAAACGAGCUUUCUAACACAGCGUUCUAUGUUCAGUCGGUCUUCGAAAUCUUGAUUCUGGCAGUAAUUGUUGGCAUCAUGUUCGGUCUGAAAGUCAAUGACAGCACAGAGAAUAAUAACUGGGGUCUUUCAGUGCUCAUCGCCUUCGCAACAGGCGUUUGGAUUUUGUGCGCUCUUCCUUGGUUUAUCCUAGAGAAGAGGCGGCCCGGUCAGGAUCCAGGACGCGCAAACAUAAUACUAGCAGGUCUCAAACAGCUCGGCUACGCGAUGCGUCAAAUCUGGCAACUGAGACAAAGUUUGGCAUAUCUGGCCGGCUACUUCCUCCUCGGCGACAGUCUUAACACAACCGUAACAGUCAUCGGAACCCUACAAAAUGAGAUCGUUGCGUACAACAGUCUUCAGCUUACUUACCUUCUCAUUGUCGGUAUCGCUGCACAGGCAGUUGGCAUCGGCGCCUUUUGGCAGAUCCAAAAACACUAUGGUCUCUCCACCAAGACCAUGUUCAUGGUUGUCGCUAUAUGUAUUGUUCUGCUUGACGGCUGGGGCAUGAUUGGCAUUUGGACGCAAAAGUUUGGCUUCCACAACAAAUGGGAAGUAUGGCUAUAUCAAGUCUUUUAUGGCUUGCUUGUCUGCCCAUGGUACAGCUAUUCGCAGACCAUGAUCUCUGAGGUCACACCAAGGGGCAAAGAAUUUCUUUUCUUCAGCUUGUUCUCCAUCGUCGGCAAAACAAGCGCUUUUAUUGGGCCACUGGUGAGCUCUGCCAUUAUCGAUGAUACCGGCAACAACAGUAGCCCGUUCUAUUUCUUGUUCGCGUUGAGUCUGUUCAGCUGCGCAUGGCUUUUCUUCUUCGUUGAUGUUAAAAAGAGUCGAAUUGAGCAGGAAAUUUUCCUGGAGAAGGAAAAGAACGCAAAAAUGCAGAACGAGAAUGUUGGGGAUCUUAGCUAAAUCUUCCCUAUAAUAAUGGAAUAUAUU